GACCAUGAGGCGUGUGCUGCUGAAGAAGGCAGAGCAUCACUGAGGAGAGGAGUGGGGUGGGAGUGGAGCCUCUCUGUCUGCUGCUGCGCUCUGAUCCCGGUGAUGCUGCUGCUCGCUCAGGUGUUGCACGUCGAGGAGUCCCGGUGCCUGCUCUCGGUYGGAUGAAGGCUUGCCUCGGAGUUCGUGGGAAAUGAAGAUGAAGAUGAAAGUGAGUCAAGGGGUUGGUGGCAUCAUCCUCGUUACCAUGGUUACAGGUUUCAUGUUGGUGUACAACAGCAGCUCUGGCAAGAGAUCGUCCUCUUCGACGUUUUCAGUGGAGGCUCCUGUUCCAGRCAGGAAAAGACCAGAGGGAACCCUGGUGCCAACUCUGGAGGGCUACACAGGUGUUAUGGACUUCAAGCCUUUAAACAUGCACUGCAGCACGUGUGCCCUGGUGACCAGCUCUGGCCAGCUGACCAGAAGCAGGAAAGGCGACGACAUCGACCGCUCUGAGUGCGUCAUCCGGAUGAACGACGCUCCCAGCGCWGGUUACCAGCAGGAUGUCGGCCGGCGCACCAGUCUGCGUGUCGUGGCUCACUCCAGCCUCCAACGGGUYCUGCAGAGGAGGCAGGAGCUGCUGCUGAACAGCAGCCAGGACACCGUGUUCAUCUUCUGGGGGCCGAGCAGCAGCAUGAGGCGGGACGGGAGAGGCCAUGUUUACAACAAUCUCCGACUGCUGAAGCAGCUGCAGCCCAAACUGAAAGUCUACAUCAUUUCCAGGAUCAAGAUGUUGAAGUUUGAUGAGUUAUUUAAGAAAGAAACAGGAGUUGACAGGAAAAGCUCCAAUUCGUGGCUCAGCACUGGCUGGUUCACCAUGGCCAUAGCUCUGGAGCUUUGUGACAGGAUUAAUGUGUACGGCAUGGUGCCACCUGACUUCUGCAGAUCCCCCGCUCAUCCCGCCGUGCCGUAUCAUUACUACGAGCCCUCGGGGCCCGACGAGUGCUCCGUAUACCUUCUACACGAGAGGAGUCGACGAGGAAGCCACCACCGCUUCAUCACGGAGAAGGUGGUGUUUUCAAACUGGGCUCGAGCUCUGAACGUUCACUUCUACCAGCCCAACUGGAAGCCGCCCGUGGUUGACGCCAGAGCGAACACCUCACACGUUUCAGGCGCUCCACAGGUGAUUCCUACGAGAACGUGGGGGACAGUUUCCAGGAUGUCUUUGUUGUUAUGAGCGAAUGAGACAGCAGGAGGACAGAACAAGCUGCUCUGGCCUGUUGGAGGACCUUUACAGCUGUUUGGAACAAGAUUUUUGCACAUUAUCAGCUCAGAAUCUCUAUCAUGAUUUGAAAGUGUUCCUAAUAUGGUGAAAAUCAAAGCAGCUUUAAGGCUGUGUUUAUCUGCUUUAUGAACAAUUGAACUCAGAAAGAAGACAACGUAUCAUGACAAAGAUUCUGAUCCAAACAAUAUCAUAUCUAUAAUACUGUACUGCUUAGAAGUGAGUAUGUGUAUAUUAAAGGGAUUUAAAACUUAAUUUAAAGGAUGUUGAA